GGUCAGACCUGGUUGCGCAGUGACUCAUUUUGGACUCUGCGCAAGUUGAUACGCCUCUUUUCUGAAAUGCACUAAACUCUCUGAACUUACCGAAAUCGGCCCAUUGUAGCAGACCCGUGGCUUGAAGAUGACGAAAGGAACUUCAAGUUUUGGUAAGCGGCGCAAUAAGACCCACACCUUGUGCAGAAGGUGUGGAAGGUCGGCGUACCACAUCCAAAAGAAGACUUGUGCUCAGUGUGGAUACCCGAGCAAACGCCUCAGACACUUCAACUGGAGCGUGAAAGCCCAACGCAGGAAAACUACUGGCACUGGUCGCAUGCGUUUCCUUAAGAUUGUUCGCAGGCGUUUCAGGAAUGGAUUCCGUGAGGGAGGCAAACCUGCCCCUCGCAAGGCUGUUGCUUCAACGUAAUCGGCCAUUACAUUCUUAAGUUCACAAAAUUUGUAAAAAUGUGUAUGAUAUCUUUUAUGAAUAUAAAGGCUCUUACACAGAA